CCCAUCACGUACCCGCCCACCCCGCCACUUUGGGAAAGGAAUGGAACAGGUAGCUUACUUCGUUGCUAGCUUUCUUACAUUUGCAUGCCAUUAAUGUGAGAUGUCGUACCAACCACUGCUCUCUCUCAGAGGUUACAUCUUUUCAUCUCACCCUUCUCGAGAAAACCCAGCUUUUCUUCUCCAUAGAUCACCCCCUGCCACAAGAAAGUGUGAAGUCUGACAAUACAGCAUAGUGAUCGACGGAAAGUAGCAUUUUCUAGUUAGUUUUUGAGUGAUUGGGUGAUGAGUGCCGAAGAGGAGAACAGGGCUAUUGAUGAGCUUCGUGAUGGAAGUUCUGCAGCAGAAGCACGAGUCGUUGUCCCAAUUCAGAAGCUCGAAAAAUCCUCUGGGAUGGCUGCAGAAACACCAAACAGCAAACAUUGGAGAAAAUCAAACCUUUUCCUGGAGAUACCCACCAGAACAUUGGAGGUAUCUCGUCAAGAAUUUGUUCAAAUAAAGAUGCCCCCAACACCAACUCCCACCCCCAAAAGGGUGAACUUUCUUGUAACACCCAGUCCUUCUGAUUCAAGAUUGAAUGGAUCUCCCCUACCCUCAUCAACCAGAGGAAAAUCAUCCAUCAGGAAUAUCCUGCCAAAGUUAAACUUCAAGCACCGUGCUUCUAGUUCAGAUGUAGAGAAGGCUGGCAGUAUUGACUCAUCUUCUUUAACAACAGUUACGCAAGAUAAGCCAUCAAUGUCACGGUCGUGGUCUUUCUCAAAAAUUUUUACACCUCGGAUGAAGAGGACAUCAUCCUUGCCAGUAACCCCAGUUGCACAUUCAAAUCCAGACUCUGCUCAUGGUGGAAGUAUAAACUGCCAUCUGACACUUGAUACAAAAGGAGCUCGACGUAUAUCCAGGUCGCUUUCUGUCCCAGUCAUCAACAAAGAAAAAAACAUACGGAAAAUGGAUUCCUUCUAUCGUGUUAUUCCAUCCACUCCAAGAGUGAAGAAUGGAGACGCUGAAGUGUCAAAGGCUACAACAGGAGAUGAUGAAAAUGAUGAAGCCAAUGGUGAAGAUAUACCUGAAGAGGAAGCUGUUUGUCGAAUAUGCUUGGUUGAACUAUGUGAAGGCGGAGAGACCCUCAAGAUGGAAUGUAGCUGCAAAGGUGAACUUGCUCUGGCUCAUCAGGAAUGUGCCAUAAAAUGGUUUGCCAUUAAAGGUAACAAGACAUGUGACAUUUGCAAGCAAGAGGUUGAAAAUCUACCUGUCACACUUCUGCGUAUCCAAAGUUCUAUAAAUCGCAACACAAGUGGAAGUAAUUUUGGACAGAUGGAGAUCAAUGGAUACAGGGUCUGGCAGGAAGUGCCGAUUCUUGUCAUUGUCAGUAUGCUGGCUUACUUUUGUUUUCUUGAGCAGCUUUUGGUUGGGAAAAUGGGUAGCAGUGCAAUUGCCAUAUCACUUCCAUUUUCUUGUGUGCUAGGCCUCCUUGCAUCUAUGACCUCUUCAACAAUGGUGAAGAGAAGAUUUGUUUGGGUGUAUGCAUCAGUUCAGUUCGCCCUCGUGGUUCUUUUUGCUCAUAUCUUUUACAACUUGGUUCAUGUGCAACCAGUUCUGUCAAUCCUUAUUUCUACGUUUGCGGGGUUUGGUGUGGCGAUGAGUGGGAGUUCUGUUGUUGUGGAGGUACUGAGAUGGAGAAGACGGAGGGAGGCUCUCAGAAAUCAGAACGAGAUAAGUAACCAGAUAAUGCUGAAUCCCAGUCGACGCCCUCCACCAAGUCAAGUAGCAACACUAUCAUCAUACAGCAGCCCUCGACAUCAUAGGAGUGAAGUCGGAAAUCCAGAAACUUUUAGUGGAAGCUGAGUAGAAGCAAGUUGCCAAUUGCAACCUGCAAACUUAAAAUAGAUGGUUUUGUAUCUGUUUGAAGAAAUAGCAGAUCAUUACAGCAUAUUUGCUUGUUGAGUUAUGUUAUACUAGAUGAAACAAGAAUUUGAGGAGAAUCUAGAUUACAAGUUGUCAAAAAGGUUAAGGUUUUUAUGUAUGUUGAAGAACUACAUGUGUAAAGAGAAAAUUUCAUCAUGCGGUUGUUCAAUUGUCUCUUCUAGUACAUUGAUUUGGUGCAUGGUUUCAA